CUGGUUGCGCCACUCACACUCGGAGAAGCGCUAACAGGACAACGGUUCAGGCCAAUCGCAGUGAGGCCUGCGGCGGCAGCGAGACUAGGGUGGAGACUUCGGAGACUGCAGUUGCAGUUCUAAGAACAAUUGGAAUUGGCUAUGGAUAAUUCAUAUCAUCUCAACCAACGAAACUCAUGUAAUGGACUUCCAUCUGAGAAGAAAAACAACUUCCUUGUGUCUGAAGAUCAUGGACAGAAAAUCUUAAGUGUACUACAGAAUUUUAGAGAACAAAAUGUCUUUUAUGAUUUCAAAAUAAUCAUGAAAGAUGAAACAAUCCCAUGUCAUCGUUGUGUCUUAGCAGCAUGCAGUGACUUUUUCAGGGCCAUGUUUGAAGUGAACAUGAAAGAGCGAGACGGUGGGAGCGUCACCAUCACUAAUCUGUCCUCCAAAGCAGUAAAAGCGUUUCUCGACUAUGCCUACACUGGGAAAACCAAGAUAACGGAUGAUAACGUGGAAAUGUUCUUCCAGUUGUCGUCAUUCCUUCAAGUUUCCUUCCUAGCCAAAGCUUGCAGUGACUUCUUAAUAAAGAGUAUUAACCUUGUCAAUUGUCUGCAGUUACUAUCGUUGUCAGACAGCUACGGCUCUCCCCGCUUGUUUGACCACGCGCUGUACUUUGUACAGCACCACUUUUCCUUACUGUUUAAAUCCAGUGAUUUCCUCGAGAUGAACUUUGGAGUACUGCAGAAAUGUCUGGAAUCCGAUGAACUGAAUGUCCCUGAAGAAGAGACUGUACUCAAAGUGGUCCUUAGCUGGACCAAACACAACUUAGAAUCAAGGCAAAAGCAUCUGCCUUAUUUGAUUAAAAAAGUUAGAUUACAUCAGUUAUCCGAGGAGACCCUUCAAAACUGUCUGCUCAACGAAGAGUGUUUACUCAAAAGCACAAACUGUUUUGACAUAAUCAUGGAUGCUGUUAAGUGUGUGCAAGGUUCUGGUGGACUCUUCCCUGACGCUCGACCAUCCACAACUGAAAAGUACAUAUUUGUUCACAAAACUGAGGAAAACGGUGGAGACCAAUAUACCUUUUGCUACAAUAUAAACAGUGACUCGUGGAAAGUGCUGCCACAGUCACACCUGAUUGACUUGCCAGGGUCUAGUCUGUCUAGUUACGGAGAGAAGAUAUUCCUGACGGGCGGGUGCAAAGGGCCGUGCUGUAGAACGGUUCGGCUUCAUAUCGCAGAGUCCUAUCAUGAUGCGACUGACCAAACCUGGUGCUACUGUCCAGUGAAGAACGAUUUCUUCCUGGUAUCAGCUAUGAAGACACCAAGAACCAUGCAUACAUCAGUUCUGGCUCUCAACAGAUUAUUUGUCAUAGGUGGAAAGACGAAAGGGUCUCAGGACAUUAAAAGCCUCUUAGAUGUCGAGUCUUACGACCCUCUUUCUAAAGAAUGGAUGUCUGUCAGCCCGUUACCCAGGGGCAUAUACUACCCUGAAGCGAGCACCUGCCAAAAUGUCAUUUAUGUUCUUGGGUCAGAGGUAGAGAUUACAGAUGCCUUUAACCCGUCACUUGAUUGCUUUUUCAAAUACAACGUGACCACCGAUCAGUGGUCUGAACUCGUAGCAGAGUUUGGGCAGUUUUUUCAUGCGACACUAAUCAAAGCUGUCCCAGUAAACUGCACACUGUACAUAUGUGACCUUUCCACCUAUAAGGUUUAUAGUUUUUGUCCAGAUACUUGUGUCUGGAAGGGUGAAGGCUCUUUUGAAUGUGCAGGCUUUAAUGCAGGCGCAGUUGGAAUUGAAGAUAAAAUUUAUAUCUUGGGUGGCGAUUACGCACCAGAUGAGAUCACAGAUGAAGUACAAGUCUACCAUAGUGGCAGAUCUGAGUGGGAGGAAGUCUCACCCAUGCCACGGGCCUUAACGGAAUUUUACUGCCAGGUGAUUCAGUUUAAUAAAUACAGAGACCCAUGGUUUUCUAAUCAUUUCUGAAAGGCGUAUGUGCUUAGACAUCCUAAAACUAUCCCAGUUCUAGAAGCCUACCAUAAAUCUGUUAAGCUUAAUAGCUGGUAAAAAGGUCUUUACCUCUUAGUAAAAUAAAAUGUACCUUCUGCUAGAGAAUUACUAUGAAUGUAUAGCAUAUAUGACUUAGCGGUUGCUGGAAACUUAAAUACAAGAUGCAUUUACCAAAAAAUUAUAUCGAAUAUAAUUUAAUCCUGGAGAAUCCAGAAUACUUAGUAUUUUCAUAUGUAAAUAAGACUCAUAGGCGUUGAUGUCUUGAUUUUGAGAGUAAUUUAUCCGUGAAAGACUAGUAAGAACAAAUCAGUGUUCACAGAUUUGUACUAUUUAGAGGGGAAAAAAUCUCUGUAGGUAGUGAAAGUGAAUUAUUUGUACACUAUAUUAUAUGAAGUGAAAAUUAAGUUAGAAAGAGGUGAGAAGCCUACCUUGUUACUACAGGUGUAAGAGUUACUGAAUUCCCGUCCUUUCUGAUCACUACUUAGCUUCUUUUAAGCCCCUCUUUCUUUUUUCAUCAUCAUUUUUUUUGGUCAGAAAUUUUUCUAAAAUGCAGUGUAUUUCCCAGCCUUCUAAACUUGCGCUAAACAUGGCUUGACAUUUUUUACGAUUCAACUCUUCAUUAGGAGCAUAAUGUACCAUGUCAUAAUGCCAUAAUGCCAUUGGCAAUUACUGGAAUGCUUUUAAAAUUGCUGGUUCUGGCAGUCCUCUGUGCUGGUUGGUUUCGAUUUCUGGUGGCAGCAUAUCUUACUUAUUUUCUGGCUGAAGCUCAGUAAAUGAACAUUCUUGAUUUAAUGAUUACUUGUAAGUUACACCCCCUCUCAGUCUAUCUUUACAUGUAACCCACUGGGUGAAGUUUUGGGAUUCUGGGAUUUUCUGUAUCCUUGCCACAUUCCAGCAUAAUUGAGGACGUAGCAAAUCGGAUCCCUAGAUAAGUGUAUCAUUUUGUUGCAUUUCUUAAAUUUGUAAAUAUCCAAAUUUGAUCUGUAGUAAGAAAUUUCUGUGCUUCAGUUAGUACCAUAUCAGUUUUCCUUGGUGAUGUAUCCCAACUAUAAAGCACCGUGUGGGUUUACUAUUUUCAUAAGAUAUUCAUAGUGGAUUAUUUUCUAAAUUUAAAAAAUUCACUAGGUUUUUGUAUUGAUCACAUUCGCAACCCAUAUCCGUUAAGAUGUUUAAUCACCUUUAACCCCAGUAAAGAAAGAGUAGCAAUCAUCCUUGCUCUCAGGUGUGACAAGAUUGCGUUGCAAAAGGAGUAUGUUUCUUUUCUAAGUUUAAAAGAUGUAACCAUAUUAGGUUUUAAAAGUGGAAAUAUACCUAAAUGAAGGUCCUUUUAUUAUGCCAUAUAAAUUUAUUGUAUAAGCUUCAAAUGUUUUUUUUCAGAAUAGAACAGGAUAUUAGACUACAUUACCCUGCAAUUCCAAAAAUCAGAGACUAUCCCUAAUCAGAUGACAGUUGCCUGAGAAGCAUUCUGUCAAAUUGGUGGUCUUCCUUCCUACCUAAGUUGGCUCUGCCGUGUGUGUGUGUGUGUGUGUGUGUGUGUGUGUGUGUGUAAGAAAAACAGGAAAUUCAAUGACCAGUUUUGUGUGGUCUAUUUGUGGCUUUGGAAACCAAUUAUUUAAGAAAGACCAUACCACAAUGGAUGACCUAUACGUGGAUUGACUGAACUGUUGAUUUAAGCAUAUAUAAAUAACCAAAGUAUGUUUAAAAUAAAUAAUUGUUUUCAUUAUUGACUCUAGGAAAUGUUCAUCCUUUCCAGAAAGGAAAAACUAAAGGGAAAUAGAAUCCCUGCUGAUCUUGUUUCAUUAUUCUGUCAUCCUGAUAUCCACCAAUCUUCUCAUUGGCCAUUGAUGUAUGGUAAUGUUUCUAGAAAUAUCCUUGUUGUCAAGCCUAGCUCCCUCUGCAUUUAAUAUACUUCCUAACACACAAGGCUUUCUGCCUUUUUUCUACAAUUGCUGCAGUUUACUUGCUAAUCAUUUUCUUCUUAGUGCCAUCCCUUUACCCCAGGGAAUAGUACUCUGUCUAGUCACAAAACCCCAGACUCUUCCUUUAUUUCCUGUUCUUGAUCCUUGGUGCUAUCGCGGUCUGUGCUGGGCUUGGCUCCACUAAUCACUGAUCUUGUUCACUCUAAUUUUGCGUCUUCUGUAGAGACAGCGCUUUCUUUUGAUCUAUCUGCCGUACUGAGAAAUGGUUCUCUGUGUUCCAAAUCCUCAAGGAACCCAACCACAGGCACGGCACACCCGGUCAAUGACCGGACUGGUCACACCUUCCUGACCCUGCCAAUCCCUGGCUUCACUGUCCGAGAACCAUGUCUGUCAUUCUGGCCUCACCCUCCGUUCCGGACCUCUGACAGGCAAGUCUCAGUGAUCUCUCAAGUUCAUUCUCAGUAGCCCCAGAAAGAGCUGUUUUUCCUGUCUGUAAGCUUAGGUGAGAGGAAAUAACAUCCCUUUAUCUAUGGCCUCUUCCCUGAGUCCCUUUUUUGUCUUUAAAGUCUGCUGUCCUUUCAUUAUCAUCCUUCAGCCAGUGUUGCAUUGUAAGAGACAAAGUAAUUGUGCUCAUUAUCCAAAUUGCUUUCAUUCUUGUGGAAAAAUUCUGUUAAACAUUUCUAAAUCCUUUAUCAUUUGGUUUGCUCCAUUGCACUUGGAUUAUGCAUGCAAAAAAAAAAUCUAAUAUUGUAACCUCUUCUACAACUGAAGGUAAUUAUAUGGCAUUAUUAUAUAUAAAAAAAUUAAAUUCAGCAUUUAGAUGAGAUCAAUUCAAAGUCAAUGGACACUUGUGAUCUGCAAACUUGAUUUAAAAUGUGGACCACCUUUUGUUCGCCUGUUGCCUGUGAGACUGUGAAGUAGGAAGAAUACUUGCAUAAUCACAAGUAACUCCAUUCCCGUAACAGUCAGCUCUGGUUCUGGGUGGGAAAGAGGACUCCAUCACAGCUGUAUUCACUACAUGCUACCCUUGAGGGCUAGAAACUUAUUUGAGAGUGACCACAUCCUGCAACACGAUUCUGUUUUUCCCAGAUACCAAGAGAGGCUGAGGAUGUGAGUAGUGUACCUAACUCAAGGUGUAUGGUCAAAAAAUCAAAGUAUGGAGAAAAGCAUCUAUUUACAGUGUGAGAUUUGGAAGCAAUAAAUGCAAUGAUUAAAUAUACUGCUGAACAUGUAGUGUUACUUUUAAGUCCUCAUUUUCAGUGUGAUCCAAUCCAGUAUUUGGAAACUCUUUUAUAUUUAGAAUUGAAACUAAGACCGUCUUCCAGUGGGCAGCUCUGGAGGGCACUGAAGAAACGAAAAGUGUCGAAUUUGCAGGGAAGCAGGUUUCCAUCCAACGUAAGAAACAACUUUACUCCACAAAGCCAUAUUUACACGAAGACUAGUGGAACAUGGCAUGUGGCACAAGGUCAGCCCAAUUAACUCCUAUACAGGAGUGCACAACCAAAGAUUUCUACGCUCUAUUUACACAUUUUGGCUCAACAGUUUUCUGUCCUAGGACCCAUGACUUCCUCCUCCAAUUUAUUUAGCAUCUGGGCAUUCUAAGUAACUUGAUUCCACUGGUCCUGCGUACUCAGUUUCUACAGGACUUGAGUCUUAAACUCCAUCAUUUCAGGAGCAUUCUUGUUGGAGGGAAUUUGCUCUUUGUUCCUUUUUUUUAAUUACUCAGGAAAAAGUCUGUAAACGGUGCUGACAUUUACAGUGCACUGGUAAUAGGGAUUUUUCCUUCCGCCUACCGAUGGUGCACAUUUGUUUCACAGAGAAUAGAAACUGAAAGAUCAGUACCUAAAAUUUUCUCCUGAAUUUGUGAUUUUGCUGCACAUGUUGCUAUAUAGUUAAAUGUACUGAUUCUAGUUAAAGAUUAUGUGAUUUAAAAAGUAUCUUUAUAUCUUAAAAACCUACAUGUGUUUGUAAGUCAGUUCUAUUUGAUGGCACUAUGAUGCUUCAUCAGAUUUAAUAUCUGAAUAGGGAAUAUGCUCACGGGAUGAUACUCUUACACACUUAGCAAAAGAUAACUCUUCUAACUCCUAGACUCCUAUUCAAACUUGAAAGUCACCUUGGAAUCUGAUACAGCUUCUGGCCUGGUAGAGAAGCCCCCCUAAAUUCCAAAGCACCCUGACGAUUUUUUUUUUUCCAAUUUCUAGUUCAGUUCUUUCAGGAAGAAAGAGCUCAAUGCCUUCAUGUUGGAAAAGUUCUGUUAGAAAGUUCUCUUUGAUAUUCAAAAUGCUGUUACCUCCCCGUACUAACUUCCAGCCCUUGGUCCUAGGGAGCUGUCUCCACAAGUAUUUCAAAUAGUAGUGGGUCUCCCCUUCCUCUAAAAUCAAGGCCUCAUUUUCCUUCUUGUUCAAAUGCUUAUUAACACCUUAAAACCUGCCACAAUGGCCGGGGUUACAAGCCUUUUUUGUGUACAGUUGCCUCAGAAAAUCUAUUGGCAGCUCGCGCCUUGUUGGUGGGUUGAGCCUGACCAGCAUUGCCGAAUCUCUUGAUAAUUCUGGCAUUAUUUAUUCCCUUAACCAGCUCUCUAGUUCUUAAACACCUAAAUAUGAGCUGGAGCCUUGCUGGGUCUCUGUUCUUUUACCCCCACCCCUAACCCGUCAACAUUAUCACAAACACAAAUUUUCUAGGAAAGGAAUUCUAAAGCCAAAUUUUAAUAAGUCUUUCAAUCAUUUGUCAUUAGAUAGGGUCUUCAGACUCUUAAAGACACUUCUGAUAAAGACCUUAAAAAGUAUGGAAAAAUUAGAAAUCAAAGCAGUCGCAUCCUUGGUGGUUACUGGGAAGACAAUUUGCUCACAAAUUAAUAAGGACCAGCCUACGGUAUGAGUCUGGCGCUUCACCGAUGCUGUUGGCCCAACUGGAUAGAGCAUGGUACUUCCGUGAGACGAUGCCAUUGUUCGAUAAUGCUAUGUAUGAAUCAGGUAGCAUUAUUCAUCCCAUUAACCUUGACAACAUUCCCUGCCAUAACUGUCCAAUGGCUCAACAAAUUAUGCUGUGGGUUCCAAGGGUAACAAGGUUGCUGGGAUCACUCAAGAGUACAGUUCUCGGAGUAUCACGGUGUGGCGUAAGUAUUUCUUUACAUGCCUGUCUUCCUCAUUUAGUUGGAAGUUCUUAGGAAUAGGGACAUAUAUUCGUCAUUUCUGGACCUGGCAAUUAGCACAGUACCUGCAUAUAAGUAAGACAUCCAGUAAAUGGACAUUCUGUUGAGCCAAUAUAUGAAGCAAAAUACAUUUGCUACAAUUAAAUUGUUACUGAGUGGGUCCCUUAUAACUGUACAUUUUGCAACUUAUUUUCAUGUACAAACAAAGUUAUUUUGAUUUUAGGAUUUUACAUGAUCACGUUGUACUUUAGUUAUUUAUUAAUGUAUAUGUUAAUUCUUUUUGAAAUAUUUGAUAUCUUUCUCAUGUUCAAAGUCUGAGAAAAUUGGGUUAGAUAAUUUCUACCACGGCAGUUUUUGUUGGUGUUUAGAAAAGUAAGAAUGAAGGCCUUGUGGAGAGUCAGACUGCGUUACACGGUGCCCUGCCCAGCUACGGAGAACAUGUACAGUUGCAUAAUACGUGGGUAGUUGGUUCUUGAAAGUAAAAUUAUAGAUUCAAAGUCAUUUUUCCACAUAAUUUUUUAGUGCAUAGGGAUUACUUGUUCUCAGUGAAUUUUAAUUAUAAUGUCUAAUUCUGUGUUUCCUUUCAAAGGUAAUAAUAGAUAAGACAGUGACUGCAAAUUUCCUUAGGAGACCUGCAACCCUCUGUGUCCCCCGUUAAAGCAUAACAGUUUCAGAGACCUUCCCCUUUGGGGAGGUAGUGCUCCAAGCUACCGGAAUACCGGACUGGCACACACGAGUAAUUUUCUUCCUUUGCCUUGUAGUGGAGUGUGGGCUCUGCUGUAUGCUGUGCGAAAUAAAAUCAGAAGUUUCGCUUCAGGUCCAUGUGAACCGUGUUAACACGCAGUAACCCAUUUCAAUUCUACAAAAUCAUUAUUAAUUUAUUAAAAUGUAUCUCAGAAAAGAA